CAAGGCACCCGUCUUCUGCUUUGCCUACGCAAAUUAGCAAGACAACCCAGAGAGCCGUCACCAAUGGUGGCAAGCCCCGUACAACCACCGGACCGAUACAAGGCACCGGCGUUGCUAACCAGGCUUAGAUUAUACCAGACAUCUUGCAACAGAUAA